CUCCGCUUCCAUCCCAGAAUGGAUGUGUGUAGAUCCAGAACCUCCUUGGCUGUUGUGAAGUUUAGGACUGACUGAGGAGCUGCUGAUCCCUGUGACCUCCUGGAUGUUGUCAAGGCACAUGACUAUAGGUGGUUAAAGCUUGAGCCAAUCCCGGACAGCAGUCAUGAGUUGAGGGUAGAGUUACACCCAAGAAGGGUCCUCAAACAGGGUCACAAACAGAGACACACUCACAUUCACAUCUCUGGUCAGUUUAGCAUGAACAAUGAUAAUAGAUUUUGGACUGUGUGAAGAAAACACACACACACACAGAGAGGGAGAACAGUAGAACUCCAUACAGAAGAGCAUAUUGAUUUGAGCUUGGGAUUGAACCACUGACCUUUUUACUGUGAGGCUUGCUGUGGUCAGUGGUAACACUAACUGGUCCUGCUAUUAUUAUCAUUUUUAACUUUUUAUAUUGAUUAUUACUAAAACAAAGUGAAACUAAUUUUUUAUUUGUUUCUCCUCCUCCUGCCCCUCCUCCUGCUCCUGCCACUCCUCCUGCUCUUGCUCCUUUGGUGUGUCAGUAGCAGUACUAUCAGACAGUUUCAUUCUGCUGCAGGAACUUGUCACUGACCUCAGACUCUGCUGCUGCUGUUGUUGAUCCAGUUUUUCCACCUGUCCUGGUUUCACUAGACUCACUUCAGUUCUGGAUUAACUUCCUGUUUUCUUCAAGUUCUGCUACCAUGCUGCUGGACUGUGUUUUUAAUUUAUGCUUUUACUUUUUGAAAGUUCAAGUUGAAAUGAACAACAGGCUGAAGCUGAUUAAUGGGUCAGACUGAGUCCACGGACAAAGCAAACCACCACCAUGGACGAGGCCAACGAUGUGGAUCUGUCCAACAACAAUAUCCUUCCUCUGUGGAAACGACGCACCGACAAUCGGACAGGUCCUCAGGAAUGUAGAAAAUCCAAACCUCGGCCUCUCAGUUAUCACAUCAACGGGGUCAUGACGACAGACUUCCCUGUGGAGGACAAGUGUCCUCUCACCCUCAGUCAACCUGCUGAGACGCUGGUCUUCCGUCCCACGUGUCCAGGCACCAACACAGCGGUGCUGAAGCACGUUCUCAGCAAACCCUGCAGGAAGUCCAGGGUAGUGCGGAGCAUCAGCAUCGGAAACCUUUCAAACCAACGCUUCUCCCUGUCCAGGUUCAGGUCUGAGGACAGGAAAUCUGCCCCACUGGACAACAAGGGUUGUGACAGAGUCUGUGGUGCUGGGAACACAGGUCCUAGAGAUAUUGUCUGGAAUGAAGGGAGCCUUCAGGACCAUGGCUCUCUAGCUCCUCCAGACUCUCCUCCACGUCUGUCUCAUCACACUUUCACCAACAACCAUCAGAACGUCUUUUCGAGCUCCUCUCCUCUGGUCCCCACCCCCUCACACAGCUCCUCCUCCAGCAUUCCCUCCCUGUCAUCCUCGGAUCCGCCGACUCCUCGCUCCUCAUCACCAUCGGACAGAAGUCAGGUCCUCCUCAAACGCCAGGACUCCAGGGGCUCCUGUUCCUCCUCCACUCCCUCUCCCUCCACUUCUUCUCCCUCCAUCGUCCUCAGCACCAACAGUCCUGCUGCUCUGAAGAUGGGAACGCAGCAGCUCAUUCCACGGAAUUUAGCCUCGGAUGUCCGACAGACCAAGAUGACCGUCUCUGGACCCUCAGGUCCUGGUCUGACCGGGCUCCUGUGUGUUGAUAAUUCCAGACGAGCCUUGAAAACACUCUCUAUGGUGGAAUCUGGACUGUACUUUUCCACAAGAGGUCCUGGAGAAGAAAUGGACGGAAGAGGCGACAGUCCAGGAACACUCAGGAGAGGGCUGAGGAGCACGUCUUAUAGGAGGGCUGUUGUUAGUGGGGAAGAACUGGAGGAUCCGUCAGGAGAUCCCCGAUUCCCAGGACACUUGUCUCUGUCUGCUGGAGAUGAUAAACAAAUUUUACCAAUAGGUCCAGGAUUAUCCAAACCCACAAGUCCUGGAAGAAAUACAUCAUCAAGUCCAAGGACAAAAAAACAUACCCUUCCUGGUAUAUCCAAACCUUCAAGCCCUGGAACAUCCCAACCUGCCAGUCCUGGAACACCUAAACUUUUAAGCCCUGGAACAUCCCAACCUGCCAGUCCUGGAACACCUAAACUUUCAAGCCCUGGAACACCCCAGCCUGCCAGUCCUGUAACCCCAAAAUUAUCCAGUCCCAGGAUCUCAAAACCUUGCAGUCCUGGUUCAGAACCACCAUCCAGAACAGGGACAAACAAGAAUCCAGACAAGAAGAAAGUUCUGACCAGUCAGCGGACGUUUGACAGUGAAGAGGAGGAGCUCUAUCAGAACUACCAGGAGAAGGCCUUACACAACGACUCAGAUGAGGACGCAGAUUCUAGAGAGGCCAGUCCUGACAGUGGGAUUGUUGUCCAGUACAGACCCAUCAGAACCUCCUGGAGUCAGCUGAGUGUGGUGAAGAAGAGUGGUUUGUCGGAGCGAAUGAGCGCGGAAGAACGAAAACAACAGGAGGCCAUAUUUGAGGUGAUCUCCUCGGAGCACUCCUACCUCCACAGUCUGGAGGUCCUGAUCCGCAUGUUCAAGAACUCUGCAGAACUCAGUGAAACCAUGACCAAAACUGAACACCACCACCUCUUCUCCAACAUCACUGAUGUCUGUGAGGCCAGUAAGAAGUUCUUCCAGGAGUUGGAGGAAAGACACCAACAGAACAUUGUGAUCGAGGACAUCAGUGACAUUGUCAGUCAACACGCCGAGUCCAACUUUGACCCCUAUAUCACCUACUGUUCCAACGAGGUCUAUCAGCAGAGGACGCUGCAGCGGCUGCUCUCCAAGAAUCCAGGCUUUAAGGAGGUGCUGAGCAGGAUCGAGGCCCACCCUGAUUGUAGGAACCUCCCCAUGAUCUCCUUCUUCAUCCUGCCCAUGCAGAGGAUCACUCGUCUGCCUCUGCUCAUGGACACGAUCUGUCAGAAGACUCCCAAAGACUCUGCUCAGUAUGACCUCUGUAAAAGGUCACUACAGGCCAUCCUCAAGGUGGUCAGGAAGUGUAACGAAGGUGCUCGAAGGAUGGAGAGAACAGAGAUGAUGUACACCAUCAACUCUCAGCUGGAGUUUAAGAUCAAGCCAUUUCCUCUGGUGUCAUCGUCCAGGUGGAUGGUGAAGAGAGGAGAAGUGACAGCAUUUGUGGAAGACAAUGGGAUUUUCCUGAAAAGAACAGCUCGACAGCAGGUUUACUUCUUCCUGUUUAACGACGUUUUCAUCAUCACCAGAAAGAAGAGUGACGACAGUUACUCUGUGAUUGACUACGCUCUCCGAGACAAGAUUUGGGUCAGUUCCUGUCAGCCCGAGGAUCUGAACCUGUCCCCUGUCAGAAGCACUGCAGCCAUGCUCAGCCACUCCCGCCAGUCUGGAGCUAAUCACCUGUUCCGUCUGGCGUUCCGUAGUAACUAUUCGGGUGAAAAAGUUCCGAUGGUCCUGGGCACAGAUUUACUAAAUGAGCGAGCUCGAUGGAUCAGUGCCCUGGGUCAGAACAACAACAGCAACAAGAGUCAGGACAGACACAGUGUUCUGCAGAUGGAGGUGCUCCGGUCCUACACAGCCAAACAACCUGAUGAACUCUCUCUGCAGGUGGCUGACGUGGUUCUAGUGUCUCAGACAGUGGAGGACGGUUGGUGUGAAGGUGAACGACUGCGUGAUGGAGAGAGAGGAUGGUUCCUGGCUGAGUGUGCCGAGCCAAUCACCUGUCAGAUCACCAUCCAAAGAAACAUGCAGAGGAUGGACCGUCUGCAGGGACUGGAGACCAAUGUCUGACCAGGACUGGACAACAGGACCGACAUGUGACCAGCAGGUUUUUCUACUCAGCCAAUAAAAACUGAAACAUUUCUAAAGUCACAGUGGUCCUCAUGGGGGCAGAAAAUAAAACAAAAACAGCCCAGAAAAUAAACAUAUUUAUGGAGGUGGCUAAAUAUCAGCCCACAAUGAGCCAAAAGCUAAGAUUGAGCAACAAACUCUGUACAGAAAAUCAAGAUAGAUUUUUCACUGUGCUGGAUCUGAGGCCCAGCUGUGACCAUAGUUUAUGUCCUGCUAAAGAACAAAAACAUUUCGCGUAGAAUCCUGGAAAACAAAAAAAUAACAGAAGUUUCUUCCAUUCACUCAGGGAUACUAUAUAUAUAUAUAUAUAUAUAUGUGUGUGUGUGUGUGUAUAUAUAUAUAUUUUUUUUAAAAAUCUUUUUAAGCCACGAUUUUUGUUAAGAAAUGAACAUGGAUUUUUCAUAAUCACCUAAAAACAUGAAACAAAAUUGACACGGAAACAAAACACAUUCUUAGCUUCUUUUUCAACUGAUGACAGUGGAGGCAGCAGUGAGCCAACAGCUGUGAAGCUAAAAACACAGAUUUUUCUCUCAGUCAGGUUUGGUGUGGCAGAGUGAGUGGUUCACCAACAUCAGUUUUCUGUUCAUGACGUCGGUCUUCUGAGAUGAACAGAAAAUAUUUCAACUUUGUCAGUGAGAUGAACUGAGUCUUCCUUUGCACAAACCUGAACUUUUCCUUUAAACUUUAAUCACAUUAUCUUCUUGUAAGAAUUAUAAAAUAUCAUUAUUGUAAAUAAACAGUGAUGUACAUUUGUAAGAAACUUUUAUUUUUCACAUGAAAACUUUCUAGUAAUGAACGCUGAUGUUUUUCUGCCACCAUGGGUUCCAAUUAACUUGUCUCAGUGAUGAGGACUUGGAUUAGAGAUAAGAAUGAUAGAAUAAUUACCAGGUAAAUCUAGACCAGAAAAACCUCAGCUGUAACACGAUGAAUAACAAAAAUGCUGAAAUGAAACAAAGCUGAAAAAUCCAGGAAUAAAAAAAUAAAAAAUACAAAGAAAUCAGGAAAAGUUACAAAACUUUUCCUGAUUUAGGUUCUGAAAAUGUUUUUUUUAUUUUUUCAGUCUUUUCUCUAAUUUUCCAAAGUGAACUCCAGGGGGAUGAACAAAGUCCUGUCUAUCUAAAUCUUAUUUUUAAAUAUCACAGGAAU